AUGGAGGCAUACAGGCCUCCACGUCUUCCUGCUGAAGUUUACUAUCCCCGCCUCGUGAAGUUUGGAGACGAGUUCUCCAAAGUGCAGGAACACCGAUUGGCGAGCACUUCUUGCUACCACAAGUAUCUCAACAUGUCUGAAUCAAGACAUGGAAUUCGCCCUGAAAUGAAUUACUCUGAGGAAAUUUCGCUGACUGUUCGCUCAAAGUUAGGGAUAAUCUCAUGCAGCUUCUCUUUGCUGAUGGAAUCAGAUCCUCAGCUACGCAAGUUAGAUAGUGUAGGAACCAUCCUGCACUUGCUGGACGAGGCAAGGAGUCUCAGCAAGCAGGUUUCAAGGUGGAAGGAAGCAUAUUGGCUUGUGUACAAUUCGACCAUCACCAUCUUCACGCUUUGCAGACCGUUACUGACAUGUGGGUACUGCUCUGUUGCGAUCGAGUAUCUCUUGUUUGCAUCGUUGUCGAUGGAAGCCCAAGUGCCCUUGAAUCAAGCCAAGUAUUUGAACUGGCGGGUUCGGCUUUAUGCUGCAGUAUGCUUUGCGUAUGAAGAAGUGAAGAUGAAAGAAGAAGCGCUUCAUUUCGCUGAGAGAGGCUUGGCUGAAGUCAAGAAACUACAGCAGAUCGAAGAAAUCGACCCGGUUCCACCGCCAGCAAGCAUUCGCAGAAUGAUCAAUUCAGCUGAGGCUGAGAUGAUGACUUGCGUUUAUCGAUGCAAAGCAGCAGAUGGUGAGAGCGUUGUGAAUGACCUUCUGGCUGUCCUGUCAGACUCUUUGUCUGAGACGAUCGCAGCAGUGAUACAGAUUUUGAGGAGUACAGAGAGAAGAACGCUUCGGCAUUUACCUCCAACAGAGGAGGAAGCUACCAAGGUUUCGAUUCUCAAUGCACUGUACAAGCGCAUGAAACCUUUUGUGGACACUUUUACCAGCUUCGGAAAGCAUCCCGUUAAGGAUGAAACUGCAGAAAAUGAAGAUGCAAUCACUGAGGAACAGUAUCAUAAAGUUUCUCAGGAAGUACCGAUAGAAUUGACCCUUGAACUUACAAAAUUUGCCUAUAAUUUUGAGCUGAUGGAAAUUUUCGAAUCAUUUCUGGAAGUAUGUGAAAAUAGGAUAAGGCAUGAGAGUUGUUCCAGCAUACAAGUGGCUCAAAUCAAACUUCUUCGUGCUCUCUCCUCCCUGGAACAUCCGAAGCCAUCUGAAAGCAACGAUCAGAUUAUUCUCCCACCAAACACCCAGCAACAUGAGAAAGUUUGGAAGAAGUUGAACGGUCUUUCGACGGUGACUGGUGUUCUCAUCGAGCUAACGAUCGAAUCAAGUGAGUUGAGCUCCAACAGCUCUGAUGGUGCUGAUCUCUUUGCUGAUGCUGCUCUGCUUGCCUGGAAUCACGUCAACUCUCUGCUGCAGCUUGCUGACUCGACUGAUCCUGAAAGCAUAGAAGAACCUCCUCCCAUCCCUCAGCCACCCGAGAGAACAAGUCCCGGACAAACUCAAACGAUCAAUAAGGGGGAAGGAGAGAAUAAAGCAGAGGAUGGGGCAGAGGAAGGAGACAAAGAGGUCGGCGACCAGCAGGAGGAACAGGAAGGAGGCGAUUCCACAGAGACUGACAAGGUGCAUGAGGGAGCAGAUGGGGAGAAGAGCACAACCAGUGUUGCUCGAGCUGUGGUAGGACCAUCGUUGCGGCAGAUUGCUACCGACAUUCUACGAGCCAUUGGCAAAACGUUAAGAUGGGUUCGUUUUGACGACGCCUUCCUUGUUGCAAGUUUGUGCCUGCGGCUUUCAAACCUCUUCGAAAAGCGGGACCGACGGGAGGAUGCAGUUAAGACGCUGCAGGAUGGGAUCGAGAUGCUGUACCGGACUCGAACCGAUUUGCUGCUCAUCAACCAGCCCUCGGGAACACGUUGGGAAGAUCUGCAUGCCCUUCCAUCCAUCCGCAUCAGUACAGACUUCCAAGGAAGCGAUCACAAGACGCUGACUGCGCUAGAACAAGCCUUGGCUUACCUGCAAGUUGAUUUGCUGCACGCCCUGUACCGAAACAUCCUCUUGGGAGCGGUCGAUGACUACAGGAAAGUUUAUGCGGCAAGAGAAGCUUCACAUGCUCAUUCGAGGCUGCAACGAACCAAGGAUCAGAACAUUUUGGGCACCAAGUCAAGGAAGCAGAUGAACGAGGAGAUCCGUCAAGCCAGGUCAGACAAGUAUCGUCCGUUGGUCCCUCCUCCCUCUCGGGAGCGAGAGAUUCUUGCUGCCUGCAACAAGAACUCCUACGAGAAGGCCAUUCUCCUCAUAGAGAUGGCUCGUCUUCCCAGAAAGUCUGCUGAGCGAGAACAGCUGCUGCUCCAGGCAAUCGAAUAUCUGGAGAAAGCAAGCCUGGAAGAAGAAUUGUUGGAGAAGCAAAUACGAAUGGAGCCAUCGUCUCAACGGCAUCGAAUCCCUCCUUCUCCUAGGCUGCUCAUGCGCAGUGCGACUCAAAUGAUCUUCACUGCAGACUCAUGGAUGCAGUUGAAGGGCGACGGGAGGACUGUUGCCUCGUUCGCUCUGUACUGCAAGGAGGAAGGCAGCGGCGUCGCGGUCUCUCUCAACAAUGUCGAGUGUCACGGGAGUGGGAUCCCGAAAGCUGCAGGAGAGACGUUCAGUGUGAAGGGGUUGCAGCCCAAUGAGACGUACGUGUUUGCGGUGGCUGCGUUCGACGAGGGAGGAAAAGUGAUCGAAGGGAUAGGGGAGACGAGCUUACCCGUUGCUGCCCUGCUUCCGCUUCCAAUCCUCCAAAUCUGGAGCCAUAUUUCUCUAUCUGCCUGGGAGAUGGGCUUGACUCAGAUCUCUCUCUCCUCGAGCCGCAAACUCUACAACGUGUUCGUGCAUGAAGGACCGAUGGUCAGAAGCUGGGAGCAGACGGCUCUUUCUCAAGACACACUGGUGUUCGAGGCCCUCGAUCGAGCUCCUCCCCCACUUCUCCGCACGUUUGCAAUGGUUCUCUGUAACCUUGCUCAUUACGGUCUAAGCAAGGCUACGAUUGAUCCCUCCCAAGAUGAACAGGCGCCAAGUGUGGACGUUGAUCGAUUACGUUUGCGGGCCUGCAAAAAGAUUAUGAUGGCAAUUUAUGUGUGCAUGAGCAUCAGAGACGACACUCUGGCGUGUCGUGCAGUCAUGCAACUGUAUCAUGCGGUCAUACCAUCGCUGAAGAAGAAGACCAAGCACGACUCCAUCGGACAGACUCUGCUGCUUGCCUGGACUGCGAUUCGAAUGAUGGCAAGUCGCUUGCAACAAACUCACGCAGAGAGUUUGGAGAACGAGACUGAACUGAAUGUUGUCAGCACUUCGGUUCGAAGAGUGAUGUCUUGCUUGACAUACAGCUUGCUUGAGUUCGUCUCUGACUUGCAGGAACCUGAGCUGAUGAAAGAGGUUGUCCUGUCUGAGGUUUCCCAGCAGCUGUGGCUGAGGGGCGUGACGGGUUUCAAGUUCUCGCGAGAGGAUCAAGCCUUGUGGGAGUACCUGCUGGUCCUGGAACCCGUGCGUGAGAAGCUGGCGGAAGUGAAGGAGAAAGUGACAAGCUCUGAAGUGAGCAUCUACCCGCUUCUUGUCGGAAGCCCGGAGGCUGCCAAGGAUGCCAUCUCUGAGGACGAAGCUCGUUUCCUUGAGUUCACUUAUCGAGCCGUGCGUCAGGCGAUAUCAGAGAAGAAGCAGGACCAACUGAAGGAGUGGAUCCAGGAAGCCUUCACGCGGGCGACAGAGCAGAGAGGAAGGCUGGUGAACAGCUCACCGGUUGCUCCCGAGAAGACGCCUCUCCCUUCUCUUGAACCUACGCCAGAAGAAAUCCAGGAAGAAGAAGCAGAUAAGGAAGAGGAAAAAGCGGACAAUCUUCGGAAGAAAGAUCUAGAGUUGCAGUUUCUCACUCCUUCAGAUGCAGAAGUAGAGGAGUGGGAACAAAAGAAAAUCUCUCGGAAUGAGCGAGAAGAAAGGCGAAGGGAAAACGCUGAGAAUAGACUGACAGUGAGAAAAGAAGCAGCUGCCGAUAGGAUUGCCAAGCUCCUUCUCGCUCGAAUCAGAUUCUGUCGGGAGCAUCGAGAAGUUCGGCGUUUGCUGAAAGGUCAUGUGCCAUGGCUCGCCGCUUUGCGGUUCGAGCAUGGUCAAAUCUUGUACGACGAAUGUAUGAGGGCGGGGCUUGAAGGUGGUGGGGAGGAUGGUGGGGAGGACGAAGCCGAAGCUGAAGGUCAGGAAGACAGAGAAGGAGAAGGCAAGACCAAGAUUCAGGCAUUAGAUCCUUCAGAUCCUGCUUACAUCAAGAAGCCAAAACUACCACGGAGACUUCGAGGACCAUAUGCGGCAUUGAAGAGCUUCACUCAAGCUGUAAACUUGGCGAGCAGAGGGAGGGCAUGGACAUUGAUGCUUAACUGUUGUAUGCAAGCUCUGAAUGUGGUCAAGGAGUUCUUCUCCGAUGAAGAGACAAGGGUGUACAUCUCGCACUUGCUUCGAGAUAUUGCUGAGGCCAUUGUGAAGAUGAUCAAGGAGCAGGACGACUUAUGCCGUGGAGUUGCGUCUGCGGACUUGACUCUGACAGAGCGACAGGCAUUCAAUCCCCCUUAUAACCUUCGUUCGUAUAAGUUCUCGGAUGGAGUGAUUUAUCGCGUCUAUGGAGGAAUACUGACAGGAGGAGACGUCUUUGAUGUCAGUGCUGUCUCUCGGUUGCUGAUCGUUUGCCUGGAAACUUUGAUGACGUCUGAGAGAUGGGUCGCCACGAUCAACAUAAUCUUUGAACUUCACCCGCAUGUCAGCAACAUGGACAACCUGAUGGACAAGCUAGUCAAGCUCAUGCUCGCUGCUUGUAAACAAGUCUUGCAAGCCAAUGACGAAACUAACCAGUUGCGAGGGCAACUGUCGGAGAAAGAGAAUCGGAUGAAUUAUUUGCGGAAGGAAACUGGUCCCAAAGGACGACUGGCAGAGGGCUUGCGAACUAAGGCAAAGGAAAGAAGUCAGGCGAUGCAAGAAAUGGAUGAGAUCGCAGCUGAAAUUGACAAGCUCAAUCAUCGUAUCUUGAGCUUGAGAUUCUUGAAUAUUCAAAAGCUUCCGGGCAAGAACGUGACGAUCCGAGCGACCUAUGAUGAUUGGUUGAAAAUUCAAAGCGACAUCGGACGAGACAAGAGCAAACAUGCGAUUGAGCUGGAACGAUGCCGUAUGGCUCUAAAGAACUUCAUGAGAGAAGAAAGAUUGAAGAAAUCACGUGGGAGCAUCAAACAAAGCUCUCAGGAGGUUCUGAUGAAAGAUAAUCCACAGAAUGAUGACACUGCGACUGAGAAUGAAGGUGCUCAGGCAACAGAGGCAGCAUCGAUGUCCUCCGAGAAAGCGCAAGUGCAGGAAGAAGGAGACAGGGAAGCGGAGGCGAUGACGAGGGCAGGAGCCAUAGAAGUUCAAUAUGGACGAUGCAUAUCGGUCCUUCGCGAGAAGAGAGAAAGAGAGUUGCUUCCUCUCGCUCUGCAGGAAUAUGGUGAGAUCUUAUACUUCUGCGGAAGACAUCGAGAAGCAGGUCUUGCGUGGAAUGAUGCCUUGGAUUCAAUCUUCACUGUCAUGAAUGUUGGACGUCAGUGGAGAGAUCUUAUCCCAACCACUUUGCUCACAAACCCUCCAGCUCAAGCCCAACGCUCUUCCCUCCUCAAGAAGUAUGGACUAAACAACAUCUUGCUUGCAACCGUGCUAUGCUUCAAGCUCUCUAGCCUCACUUACCGUCUUGAUCUCCACCUCCAACUCGAGUACAGCCUGUUUGCCGCUCACUUGGUGGCCCUCACGUUCACAUGCGGACAGCCUCAUCCGUCUCGUGCCAGGGACUUUGCCGAUUACACUCCAAGAGAGCUGACAGCCUCCGACCCCUUCGCCAACGAUUCCUCCAUGUGUGAUGCGGCGACUCUAGCGGAUGCGAGCUCGUUCUGCUGCCAGGUCCUCUUCGAGUACAAGUUCUAUUUGCAGAUGCUCCCUUUCGCCUCCUUCUACCAGUGGCUUGCAAAGGAGAGGAUCAAAGAUCCAGCGUCCUAUGCGAAUGCUUGCGCGUGGAAAGCCCGUGCGUGUGUGCACAUAGGAGCGAUGCCGGAAGCGAUAAAUCUCCUCGUCAAUACGUUUCGUGGGGUGGGGCUGCCCAGCAUCUUGUCGGUCAGUCAAGCUUCCAGCGUUGGAGACUCGUCCUCCUCGUUUCUGAAAUCAGCUUUCAAGGUCGACGAGCCUCAGUCUUACUCGCAGAACGAUAAAGAGAUUCGGAUGGUCUCUGAGCUGAAACUGUCUGAGCAGCUGCAAUCUCUUUAUCCAGACAGGGUGAAGUUCAUUCUCGAGCUCGUCAAGAUUGAGCUCAUCAUUACCUACUGCGGUGUGAAACCAUUUUGGCCCCAACAGGAUGAGAAUGUGUCGGAACUCUGUACUUUAUCCGAAGGGCUGCUAGAAGAUUUGCGCAAGGAGUACUUCGGACCUCUUUCGGGAGACGAGGAUGCUUUAAGACAGAGCCAAACUGGAGAAGGAGGCUUGAUGAAUGCAAGUUUGAAUCAAGCGCUAUCCUUCACUGCAGAGUGUGACCUAAUCAAGUGUAACCUCAUGAUGAAACGCGGUUUUUACUCCUCUGUGCUUGACAUUACAGCUGAGUUAUGCAAGCUUCUGGAAGACAAGGGCCCGAUCCAAGGUCUUGCUAUAAAGAAAAGCAUCGAUCCCAAGAUUUGGUUGAAAGUCCGUUCAAUGCGCUGUCAGGCUCUCCUUAGGCAAUCGAGGUGGACGUUCUUGCGGCAGGAGAGCAAUCGUGUCCUACAGGAGAUGGCGAGGCUGAACGAACAGCUUGUGCUCCGAGAUAUCAUGACCUAUCAAGCCAUGCACGAUUUGCAUCAGGGUAAGCUUGACUUGAGCAUGGCAACUCUCGAGGAGAUCAUCAACAAGGCAACUAAACUUGAAAGUACCGAUCUCGGUUUGGCUGUAUUGUAUGCGAGUCUUGCUGAUGUUCAAAAGGAACUGAGACAUAUUCGAGCUGCUCUACAUUCCAUUCGCUUGGCUGAAACCAUCAUGCAUGAACACUUCGCCUCUCUUGGUUUGGCUGAUAUGAAAAACAAAUACAUCGCAGAUGCAUUCGAACUCGUAAAGGUCAAAGUCUUGCGUGCUCAUCUCGAGAUUCAAGUACCUGAUCUUGACAAGAAUAACCUUGAAACAAGUGUGCUCUUAUGCAACGAAGCUGAAACGCUAAUGUCCGGCUUAUCUUAUGUUUCCGAUCGCACAAUCAGCAAGCUACACUUCGCGAGGGCCCGAGCAAAGCGACAACUGUCUUCGCUAGAAUCUGCUCCUCUCGUGUGGGGAGGAAUCUGCAGGACUGAUGAUGCCGAGAAGGAGAAGCAGGAUGAAAACAAACAAAGAGUCUUGUAUGAAGCCAUCGUCUCUGAUUUGAAGGCUGCUUUGCGUUAUGCCUCGAGAGACGCUUUCGACUUCGACUCCAUUCGAAGUAUUCUGUUGGAAGCUGCAACCUUGAAUGGGACUCGGUUCGAAUCCAGAGACCAGCCUAUGAAUCUGCACCGAUCGAUCCGCCUUUUGAAACUCGCUUGUGAAUUCUCUACGAGGGUGCAAUCUCUGCAAAAGCUCCUGAAGGAUUCUCAAGGCAGCGGAGAGGACCCUCCUGACUUCCUUGUAAGAGAGCUUGAAGAGAGUUUGGAUGAGAGGAAGAGAUCUCAAAGUUAUUGGUCUUAUGAGAAUGAGCAGCUCGAACAACGUCAGCUCCGUGGCAUGAUUUACUCUCUUCUCUCACAAUUGAAAGAGCAGAGAUUUUAUCUCUUCGAUACUGAUCAUACUGGAUUGCGCAUAUCUAAGAUCCACCAGUUUCUGAUCAAAUCCUUUACUCCAUAUGCCGAUACUUGUGCUCCCAUUGAAGAGGAUGAGCUCAUGCAGGUGCAAGUGCCUGAAGCUGGGCUCGUCCUUCUCCAGUGGUACAGGACGUCCGAUGGAGCCCAGCAAGACACCGUCUCACUGCUAUGUGCCUUGAGUCCAUCGACAGAGGAGGACGAGCAAAGCUCCAAGGACUGCUACGUUUUUUGUGUCGAGGUCAACAAGAGUUGGGCGCAUGAGUUUUCUCGAGAAAUCGCAUCAGCAAGAUGGCAGCGAGAUGAAGAUGAGCUUGGCCCUGGCCCCGCAAGAACCGAGUGGGACGUCAGUGUCUAUCCUUCCCUCGGACGCCUGGAGCUACAGGGCGAGGAAGCUGCCGCUCGGAAAAAGUCUGAUCUAGAACAUUUCAUGAUGCUGACCAACAAAGAUAUCAGGCUGCACGUGGGAGGUUUGGCAUCGGAAAGCCAACAGACCGCUGAGGAGGCAAGCCUCUUUACAGUGCAAGAGCUGGAUAGCAUCGACAACUGGUUCAACGGACCAGGAGUGGCCAUUACAGAUGGGCGUGUCUGCAAUUUCUUCGUUGAUGCACUCAAAUCGAAGAUCGCUGAUCAUGUAAGACGGUGCAAAGAGUAGGUUUCGAUCUUCACAUGGUGCGAGACGGACGCAUUAUGAGCAAUUCUGACUCGAAAGGCAGAAAUCUUUGCUCUUUCCCUUUAGUAACAACAACAAGGAGCUGAAAGUUCUCUGACCUGUUCAAAUCAUUUUCUUGUUUGGUAUUUCAAGUUUUACUCCAUCAUGAUACAUAAAUUGAUAUGCCGAU